AUGGGAAAGAGAAAUAGAAAAGGAAAAGAUAAUAAUGCAGUUAGAAACUCCUUCUUAAAAGUGGAAAAUAUCAAAGAUGCCAAUCCCGAGUUGGAUGUUACGUCUCUCACGCACCCAAAAAUUGAAGAAAAAGAAAGUAGUUCAACAAUCAACAUUCCAUUAAACAUAACGAAGCAUGAAAAUUCAAAACUGGAUAGCAUUGUAUUCGAUUAUCCAACUAUUGGCGAUUUAGUUUCCUCUGUAGAGAAAUUGUGUAUCUUGAAUGAACUGGAGACAGCAUUCCCAGAAAUAGAAAAUACUUUAAUUAAAGCCAUCCUGAUUGCAUCUCAAGGGGUUUUGGAGCCAGCAUUCAACUCUUUACUGUAUUACUCAAAUCCGGAGGAAAAUACCGACUUCGCAUUACCUAUGAAACCCAUUAAUGUGCAAGACUUUAGUAAAAUAGACGUACCGGAAAUUUUUCGACAUGAAUUUUUGGAUGAUAUUGAAAAUGGAGUUUCUGGUCAAGAAAUAAAUGAGUCCGUAACAAUUUCGAAAAUGGGGUUAGAACAAAGUUCUUUAGUGGACCCUACUAACAUCACUAACAUUCCAAGAUCGGACAGAGAAGUGGCAGAAUCGACUAGGAACGUGACCAUUGCAGAGGGUCAUAUUCCAAUUUCGUCGAGGGAAAAGAGUGUGGUUAAUGGAGAAGAGAAGGGAGUUAACAGUCUAAAAGGGGCCGCUGUAAAGGCAGCUACAAAGUCGCUGAGGAGAAAACGUGUACCCGUUGCUGUAAAGAGGGAAGAGCCGUCAAACAACUUAUUCGACAUUUUAAACUCCGAUGAUAACGAGGAAGAAGAAGAACAAAAAACCGAAACUGACGUGUCAAGUCAGGGAAAGAAGGGUCAGAGCGGCAAUGUUGACGCGGUGAAGGCUUCGAAGAUGGUUGAAAAUAUCCAGUGUGGUGGUGCAACGACGCCAACUGCUGGAAAAGAAACGUCCAAGAUCAAGGAGGACGGCGGAUACAAAUCUGCCUUUGGCACUGAUAGUUGUGGCCUAUUUGCAGCCGACGCAAAAGGUGCAAACUAG